AUGAGGUGCAAUAAACACCCGUGCGACCUCAGCGGCAGCGUGGGCGUCUGCGCUUCUUGUCUCCGAGAACGCUUGUCUGCAUUAAUCGCUGCUCAGGUUCAAAUACAGCAGCAGCAGCAGAUAGCACAAUUAGCAAAGGCACAUCAUCACCCACGCGCCGCCGCAGUUAUAGACGAAAGCCGCAAAUCAGAUUCUAAUUCUCAACAUCAUCAACAACAACAACUACCUCCUCCUUUGAUAUUUCCCCUCUCUGUUUCUCCUUACGUUUCUCGCCGUAAAUCUGACGACCGCUCCUCCUGGUCCGCCCACAACCAACACCACAACCUCCGUUUCUACAGCACUCCUCAGGUGGGCCCUACCUACACCACCACCUCUUCAGCCACAACAACCGCAGCGUAUAAGAAGCGAAACAAGAAGUUAUCGCUUUUCUCCAGUCUAUUCAGGUCCAGAUCCGACAAGUUCAGUGCACACUCUACUAACUAUCGUGAUUCCAUAGAGGCAUCAUCGUCUUCUUCCCCUUCUUGGUUAUCAACAAUCUUCUCCGGAGGUCGGAGAAAGCAAUCAACGCAACUAUCCACGGGAUACACCGGCUCGGUUAGUGGAAAGCCUCGACAGAGGUUAGAUCGAGGAAUGUCGCCAGCGAGAGGCUCGGAUUCUGAAGAGGAUUGUGAGAAUUGCGAUCGGUCACCUUCAGGGAGCGGCUUCUCGGUGGAGUCUUCGCCAGGGUGGAAGAAGACACCAGUCUCUCAGGCUUCCAUGCGGCGAGGGAAGGCGGGACACACUAGGAACGUGUCUGGAUUGACGUUUUGCUUGAGUCCUCUUGUGAGGGCGAGUCCUAACCGGAAUUGGAGCCAGAAGGGAGGAUUGCCGCCUGAUUUGGGACUUUCUGGUGAGAUUAGGGCACCAGUAAAGCCGCAUCUGUCUGCUGCGGCCUCGUUUUGCGCGAACCGGUCGAGGAAGCUUGCCGAUUUUGGAAGAGUCAAUCACAACCGUUAA